GAAGAAAACUUGAGUAAAGUGCGUUGCUGUUCUUGGCGCUGGUCUCCUAAGGAGUCUUCCGGAGUGAGCGUAGGGAUCUCGCGCUAUAUAAGAGAGCCGGGCCGGCCACCGGAUUCUCUCUCGGGCCCGCGUUCUCAAGAUGACCAAGAAAAGAAGGAACAAUGGUCGUGCGAAAAAGGGCCGCGGCCACGUGCAGCCUAUUCGCUGCACCAACUGCGCCCGAUGCGUGCCCAAGGAUAAGGCUAUUAAGAAGUUCGUCAUUCGAAACAUAGUGGAGGCUGCAGCCGUCAGGGAUAUUUCCGAAGCGAGUGUCUUCGAUGCCUAUGUGCUUCCCAAGCUGUAUGUGAAACUACAUUACUGUGUGAGUUGUGCCAUUCACAGCAAGGUAGUCAGGAAUCGUUCUCGUGAAGCCCGGAAGGAUCGAACACCCCCACCCAGAUUUAGACCUGCUGGUGCCGCCCCACGACCUCCGCCAAAGCCUAUGUAAUGAGCUAAGUUCUUAAGGACUGAAGACAAACUGUUAUGGAUAAAAAUAAAAUGGAAAUUAUACUUUACAAA